CCUAGGUCUUGAUUCCUAGGCAGCGAGUCCACAAAAUCGGCUACUGCGCGUUCCGCGGGAUGAUCUUCACGAGCUGAGAAACAGCUGGAAAGCUCGCCAUGGAUCAGGCGCUCGCUCCUCUGUCCACAGGUAUGGGAUUCCUCAAUCUCCACUGGAUCUUGCAAGGCGUGGACGCGAUGCUCGCGGCGCACGCCGAUCUCCAGCGCCUGCUGCUGGAAGCGCUGGGAAUGCCGGGGAAGAGGGAUCGCAUUCUAGUCUCGGUGUUCGUGGAUGACAACGCGAGGCAGCUCGAGACGAUCAACGCUGUGAGGAAGGGUAUGAGCGUAGCGGCGCAGCACAAGAUGAGGAUCAAGUACGCUCUCAAUCUCGUCAAGAGCGCGGCGAUCUCCAAGGAAUUGGAAGUCGCCAGAGCAAAGAUUUAUCUGGAGGAAGUGAUCGGCGAGAUCGAGAGGAGCAGUGAGGUGAAGAACACGCAUACAGGGAGCUGGCCACUCGAUCAAGACAGCCACCAUUACCGGAAGCUCAAGCUCGAGAAAAAGUCCAACAUAUCCACGAUUGCAAGCAAAGCCAUCGAGGCCAACUUGGUGAGCUCGCUGGUGCUGGGGGCGCUGCUGGCGGCCUUGGAUUGCAGCGCGGGUCUCUCGAUCACGACAGCGAUCCCGAUCCCAAAGAACUUAUCGGGGGGAUUUCCAAGUUUGUGGGAAGAGCUCAAGGAAGAGGCAGAGGCAAGGCGUGGGAAUCGUUGUUCUUCGGCAUUUCUGGAAGGGAUUUGCUCGUGCUUGGGGCAGAUCGCGGCGCUGCUGGAUUCUUUGCUGCGGAACAAAGCGACAAGAGACGAUGACGAGCUCCAGAUCAAGCAGCUCCUUCGGCUUGCGCACAAGAAGCUCGAUUAUCUCGACAGCGGCUUCCAGAUUCUCGAGGAGCAAAUGGGCGAUCUCUUCUCCAAGAUGGUGGCAAACCGGAAGGAAAUUCUCUCGAUUGCGUGACGAUUCAUAUAGAAGAAACAUCAUGUGUAAAACCAUUUGUAAAUUGAUUGAUUGCUUCGUCAAGAUGGAAAUAUUCCUCUUGCAUUGA